AUGAGGUUAAAUGUUGCCGAAAAUCAUGAUGCUAGAACAGGAUAUCAUCCAAGGAAGGAACGCCUGUUGAUACCACCAGCUGUCCGUUAUAUGGAGACCGUCGAGAGCCUCGUGGAACUUUGCGAACUUUCGCAAAAAUUACCCUUGGACACAGAAUAUAGGUAUGACGGUGAGCAAUAUCCACAACGCUCAACGACGGACGAGUCCGUGGACUCUAUGGAUGGGGUGGAAAGAAUAUUAAUGGAUUCCCCAAAAGAUGUGCCCGAUGACGCUUAUGAAUCAGCAAGCACCGUGAGCGGCGAUUGUCUAUGUGAAACACCACGAAGUUGCGAAGAAACAUUUGAAACAUUUGAAACUUUACCUGAAGUGAUGGUAGUUGUUUCGUCUGCGUCGUUCAGCAGCGAUAUGAAUUGGGGAUUCACCGGUUUCACAAAUGGCAUUGGAAAUGGCUUUGGCGAAGAAGAACUGACGCUAUCGAUGCGUGACGUCGAGACGCAGCCCACACGCGGUAAAUGUGCCGACGACCCUGCCCAGGUUGGAAGCUGGCCUGAAAAAGAUGUUGUCGUACUUAUUAAUGCGGUACAGAAUUAUGGUAAAAACUGGCAAUUCAUUGCCGAAUAUUGCUUUGGUUUACGAAAACCAGCGACUGCUAUACGACGUAAAUACAGACGUCUAACGAGCGACAAUGUUGGUCUAUGGUCGCCUGAUGAAGAUAGGUUGAUAAAUGAAGGUGCUCGACAUGGUAGAGGUAAUUGGGAAAAACUUGCCCUUCGUCUUCCAAAUCGUACACCGGCGGACCUUGAAGAUCGAUGGCAUCAAAUUUCCACUUGUAAGCAGUAUCACUGGACCCCAGAAGAAGACCAUUUACUCAAACUGUUAGUGACCAAACUAGGCGAAAAUUGGAAGCCAAUCGCGAAGCAAUUAAAAAAGGAUCCACGUGUUGUGAAAUGGAGAUAUACCUGGUCACCGACGCAUAAAGGUUUAAAGUGGAGCAAAGAUGAACUGAUCACUCUUGUUGAAGCAUACCGGAUGUAUGGACCUGAUUGGAGCAGAAUAACACCGCUACUUCCGAGUCGUACAAUAGAGGAAGUGAGAAGACACUUUGCGAACAAUGUUUCGUUGGCUAUGCGUACUGGUAAAUGGCGAGUGGAAGAAGUGCAGCGUUUCGAGUUGGCAUUUUCUAGCUAUGGUGAUCGAUGGGAUGAAAUCGCAAAGGCAGUGAAGACAAGAACCCGUGAGCAAUGUAAAGCAUAUUAUAAGAAUACCAUAGAAAGAGCAAUCCUUAGGAAAUGUAAAAAGCUUAAUAUUCCUGCUAACGAGAGGGUAGUUGUAGGAGUGGAUUUGUCUUCUGACGGAUUAUGGCGAAAACGUGACCGAUAG